AUGAAAGAACCGAUUGCAAUUGUGGGUAGUUCCUGCCGGUUCCCAGGCGGUGUAACCUCUACGGCCGAACUCUGGGAGCUUCUCUACAAUCCACGCGAUGUCUUGACCGACUUCCCUUCCCAUAAACUCAACCUCUCCGGCGUCUAUCAUCCUGACCCUGAUCACCUUGGCUCCACAAACGUCCCAAACAGAGCCUAUCUCCUGCACACCGAUCACCGUCACUUCGAUGCUGCCUUCUUCGGAAUUUCUCCUUCCGAAGCUGAGUGCAUGGAUCCUCAGCAACGGGUGUUGUUGGAAACAACAUACGAAGCCCUGGAGGCUGCAGGAUAUACCCUUCAGCAAAUGCAAGGAUCCUCGACUGCGGUGUUUGUCGGCGUCAUGACUUCAGACUAUCAUGACAUCCAAAUGCGUGAUCUAGAUUCUGCUGGGAGGUGGAAUGCGACCGGAACAGCCCCUAGUCUGUUGUCGAAUCGAUUAACGUAUUUCUUUGACUUGAAAGGCCCAUCGAUUACGAUCAACACCGCGUGCUCGAGCUCUUUGGUCGCGCUGCACUAUGCUGUUCAAAGUCUAAGGAAUCAGGAAGCGGAGCUAGCCAUUGUUGCAGGAGUCAAUCUGAUUCUGGACGUGGGAACAUACGUUAGCGAAUCGAAACUACAUAUGUUGUCGCCUACAUGCAGGUGUCGAAUGUGGGAUGAAGCGGCCGACGGCUACGCCCGGGGUGAGGGAUGUGCUUCUGUCAUUCUGAAACCGCUAAACCACGCGAUAGCCGACGGCGAUACCAUAGCAGGCAUAGUCAGAGAGACAUUAAUUAACUCAGACGGCCGCUCGCCCGGGAUUACGAUGCCGAGUGUUGAGGCUCAGGCAAGCCUGAUUCGGCAAACAUACCUGAACACUGGUCUUGAUCCCGUCAGAGAUCGGUGUCAGCUUUUCGAAUGCCAUGGAACAGGCACACCCGCAGGGGAUCCUGUUGAAGCCCAAGCAAUCCAAAGAGUUUUCUUCCCCAAAGACUCCACGUUCAACGCAGCCGACAAGCUUCAUGUAGGGUCCAUCAAAACACUCGUGGGACAUUUGGAAGGUUGUGCUGGCCUGGCAGGACUACUAAAAGCAGUCGAAUGUAUCAAAAACCGUACGAUUACUGCGAAUUUGCUUUUCGAUAAGCUCAACCCAAGGAUCGAACCAUUCUACAACCAUAUAGAAGUUCCAACUCAAAAUCUCAGAUGGCCUUCUCUAGUCCCAAACAACCCACUGCGUGCCAGUGUGAACUCAUUUGGAUUCGGCGGAACCAAUGCGCACGCCAUCAUUGAGAGUUAUACGCCUCUCACAGAUGUAAGUUCACAGAGAGACGAUGUGCUUGAAAGUGCCAAUCGAGACCUACUCGUAGGUCCGUUUGUGUUCUCUGCCAAGACCCGGUUCUCAUUAAUGCAAAAUCUUCAGCUCACGGCGAAUUAUGUCAGAAGCCAUCCCUCGACAAGUUUGAACGACUUAGCAUGGGUGCUAAGUUGCAAAAGAACGUUUCUUCCCUUGAGAACAUCGUUCUCUGCGAAUAGCCGCGAUGAGCUUUUGGGCAUGAUUGAGAGAACCGUUAAAAUGAAAGAAUCGGACCUUGAAGCCGAUCUCAAUCGCUCGGCACGAAUGAGCCCGAAGGAAAAGAGUGCUAUUCUUGGUAUUUUUACUGGUCAAGGUGCACAAUGGGCAGCCAUGGGCCGUGAUCUGGUCCAGUCCUGCCCCAUAUUCCGAGACUCAAUUGAAAAAUGUCAGCGAGCACUAGAGGGUCUGCCGGAUGGACCUUCAUGGUCGCUACAGAAUGAACUUACUGCAGACGAACCAUUUUCGAGAGUCGCCGAAGCGGAAUUAAGCCAGCCACUGACGACAGCAAUUGAAAUUGCAAUUUGCGAUCUUCUCAGUGCUGCUGGUAUACAGCUUGAUGUUGUUGUGGGCCACUCUUCGGGAGAGAUUGCCGCUACCUAUGCCGCUGGGAUCCUAUCGGCAGAGGACGCCAUCAAGAUCGCCUACUAUCGUGGAUACCACGCUAGACAGGAGAGCACCAGGUGCUCAUCACGGCCCGGUGCAAUGAUGGCCGCCAGCCUAUCUUAUACCGAGGCGACGCAAUUCUGCACCCAGCCACUGUUUCGGGGAAGAAUCGUUGUUGCAGCCAGUAAUUCACCCACAAGUGUGACCCUUUCAGGUGAUCGCGAUGCCAUCUUCGAAGCCAAAGUACAAUUUGACAACCGAAAUACAUUCUCUAGGAUCUUGAGGGUCGAUGUAGCCUAUCAUUCUCAUCACAUGCGCGCUUGUGCAGACGCAUACUUGACAUCUUUGAAGGCGUGCAAUAUCCGAGGGAGAUCACCACGAGAAGGAUGCAAUUGGACUUCGAGCGUAAAGGAGAACGACUUCUCUCUAGAUACUGAUAUGUCUGCUCUAUCUGGUCAGUAUUGGGUGGACAACAUGGUGCAGCCCGUGCUCUUCUCGCAGGCGUUGGAACUUUCGUUUCAGAGGAAUAGCCUGCCUGACUUGUGCAUUGAAGUUGGACCCCAUCCAGCACUCAAAGCCCCCGUCAUGGAGACGAUUAAAAGAGUUACCGACAAGGAGACUCCAUAUGUAUCGAUGUUGAGACGUGCAGUAGCUGACGUGAAAGCCGCAUCAUUGGCCGUGGGCUUGGUCUGGGAACUUCUUGGACCUCACCGUGUUGACCUUGGCGGAUAUCGCCGUUCGUUUGAGCUACCGAAACCUAAAUUACUCAGUGAACUGCCGAAUUACUGCUGGGACCACCGAAGAGAACACUGGAGAGAAUCUCGCAUGUCGCGCAAUUAUCGUCUUCAGGGGCCAGACUCACAGCAGUCGCUGGGUCAACGAAUAUAUGAUUGCCUGUCUCGGGAGACUCAAUGGAGAAAGAUUUUGCGUUUGGAAGAGAUACAGUGGCUGCAGGAUUAUAAAUACCACGGGGAACCACUGCUCUGCGCUGGACUUUUUAUAUCUCGUGCCCUGGAGGCAGCAACGUCUUUCGUCAACCAUAGUCCUGUUUCGCUUGUCGAGAUACGGGACUUGGAGCUCACUAUGCCCUUGAAGCUGGAAAGACAUGACUCGGAAAUUGAAUGCGUAAGCAAAAUACGGGUCUCGAGUGGAGUGUCCAAGUCUUAUUCGGAGUCCGUUAUCGAUCUUGACUUUGCUUGCGAUGCCUCCACUGACUGCGAUGCAAAACUCCAAAGUCUUUGCACAGCCCGUGUAAUUCUUCAUUUGGGCAGGGCUCACACGGAUGAGUUGCCUGAACGAUCCCCGAGGCAACCUUGUCUGACGCAAGUGGACCCAGAUGUCCUGUACGAGCUUUUGGAGCAUCGUGGUCUUGUCUGUGAAGGCCCAUUUCGGGCAAUCAAGACGUUGCGUCGGACGCUCAAUCAUGCUAGCGUAUGCGCUUGUUGGCCAAAAGACACAACCUCACCAUCAUCACUACUCGUCGCUGCCUUUGAAACUGCAUUUCAAACCCUAAUUACAGCAUUCAAUUCGCCCUUGGUGCGAACAAACUGUUCAUUCUAUUUGCCUUCCAGAAUCAAUCGCCUCGCCGUAAAUCAGGAUCUGGUGCAUCGAGUCCUAUGCGAUGCCGCUGACCUGGACAUCGAUGGAUUUAUCAUAUCAUCUGACCCUUGUAAGAUUGAGGGUGACUUUUCAAUCUUCGACUGCCAAGGAAACUCGAUUGCUCAGGCAGACGGCGUGCUCUUGAGGUCUACGAGUGAGCAUAGAUCUUUAUGUCAAAAUAGUCUUUUCUCUCGGAUUGUCUGGGAACGUGAUCCAUUCACAUGCUUUGGGUUGAUUGAUGAGCACCAACCCAAGGAUGAAGAGGAGAUUCUAGCUAUUUCUACAGAAAGAAUAGCUCUGUUCUACGCGCAAAAAUCAUUGUCUGAGAUUGACCCACGUGAAGUCGCAACAUUCAAAGCCCACCACCGUCAUCUGUACAAUGAGCUUGAUCAAGCAGUUCGAGCAGUCAAGAAAGAUCCCCAAAGCACUUUGCUGCAGAUUGAAUGGCUUGGAGAUUCUGACACUAUUGUCAAGAGCCUCACAGAGAGGUUCUCGGGGAGGGCGGAGGUCAAUAUGCUACAAUGCGUCGGCUCACAUUUAGCAUCGUUUCUGCGAGGGCACAAGGCUCCGAGCCUGGGGCAUAGCCACCUCAACCGGUUGUUCUUGGAGGGUCUGGCUUUUAGCUCGACGCACAAACAGCUCUGUGAUACCGUCAAGCGCAUCGUGCACAAGCACCCUCAUAUGCAUAUACUUGAGUUUGGCGCAGGGAGUCGUCCUAUGAGUAUGGCCUCGAAGACUGUGGGUGAUGCAUGUGCUUCAUAUUGCUAUACGUGCAUUUCUCAAGAGCUUGUUGAUGCAGCAAGAAGUGCAUGCAAUGAUUGCACGGACAAGAUCUCAUUCAAGGUUGCAGAUCUCAGAGGGGACCUUACUCAGCAAGGCUUUGGUCAUGCGAACUAUGACCUGGUGAUCACAACUCUUUUGCACUUUGCAACUCCGGACAUUGAGCCAUCAUUGAAGGAAAUUCGGCGACUGUUGAAGCCCGGGGGUUACAUUGUUCUCAUGGAGAUAACAGGUCAGAUGGUGAUGUCCCUGCUCAUUUGUAUGGGCAUGUUUCCCGAGUGGUGGCAUGGCAAUGAGCCGAGACAGCUAAGCUGGAAAGGCGUUUCGCCAAUGGAGAUUGACAGGCACUUGCGCGCUGCAGAAUUCUCGGGCAUUGAUACUGUGACUCAAGAUAUGCCUGACGGCACAGCAAGCUAUCUUUCCGUGGUGGUCUCACAAGCUGUGAACACUACUAUGGACAUGCUUCGUGAGCCAAUUAGGUUUGUGGAUCGUUUGCCUCUGCCGCAGAAAGUAAUGCUCGUAGGAGGUAAGACUUGGGUAGAAUCACGCUUGAUUCAGGGCUUGACGCGAGACUUCGCGCAGUGUGGUGUGGCUGUUAGUCUUAUGGAAGACAUCGAUGAUUUCGAUCCAGUCACUAUAGAAGAUGGACUACCGGUCAUAUCUGCGAUUGAAAUCGAGAAGACGUUACCUCUCAGUGAGGUUACGCCUCGGAAACUGUUGUCCGUACACCGAUUGUUCGAGCGUUCGAAAUCCGUACUUUGGUUGUCAUCCGCGCCUUACAGUGGUCACUCUUUUCACAGUAUCACUCUUGGAUUAGGGACAGUGGUAAUGUCUCAGCAUCUAGAUGCUCGACUGCAGUUCUUGGCUGUGACAGAGCCAGGUGCAAUCAGCUCAAAUGUGGUUCUAGAGGCCUUCCUGCGCCUCUUGUGGUCGCGCCUUCCACAGAUUGCUGGAAAGAAGAUGCUAUGGACACAUGAGCCAGAGAUUCGCUUCGACGGUCGCAGUUAUUUUAUCCCACGCUUGGUCCGGGACGGGAAAAGAGACAAAGGACACAGAACGCAGCUUCUAAGACUCACCGAGGAAGUUUACCCUGAUCAGGUUCCAGUCGAGCUGCGUCUUACUUCCAGCGAAACGGGAACAGUGCGCAUACAGCGUCUCCUUAAACUUCCCUCGCGAGGCGCCGAGACGAUUACUAUCAAGACGCAAUAUUCAAUUCCACUAUUUUCACAAGGCUCCAAAAGACGGUUCAUGUGGCUGGGUGCCACUCAGGACAAAAGUACAACAGUGAUGGGCAUCGGAGAGCACAACUCGUCAGUCAUUCGGGUCCGCCCAGACGAGAUUUACGUUCUGGAUAAGAAAGAUGAGAUUACGCCCGCGGCUCUACAGGCUAUAUCCAGCUUCCUCAUUGCUGAUCUCAUAUCAUCAGCGGUUCAGCAUCCAGGCUCCGUUUUAAUCUACGAGCCCAACGUAAUCUUGGCCGCUGCUCUUCAAGCAAGUCCGCGCUGGCGCAGACGAGAGGUCUACUUUGUGACGUCCACCAGGCGAGAUCAAGUGGGGAGCAGAUGGAUCGGAUUACACCCUCAAGCAACCCGCCGGAUGAUUCAGCAAGCCCUGCCGACAGGUAUAUCAUACCUCGUUGAUCUGGCCACAGGCUGGAGUGGCACGCUUAGGUCAAAUGUUCAUAGCCUUUAUAGCAAUAUCUCGCUAGAUUCAAUGUGCAUCGUGGGCGCGAAGUCUGCUGAGUGCAGGGAGCUACUCACUCGAGCUUAUGCGGAUGCGAAAGCACAUCCCCUGAACCUGUCUUCGUUUGCUCAGCGCACCUACGCGUUGAAUGAGGUUAUCAAUAUGCCGGAAUCUGCCUACACCCAUCCAACAAUUAUUGACUGGACUAAAUCGACCAAGGUCUCAAUUCCGGCCGAAGGUCCCUGUUCUCCUGACAUCUUCUCUCCGAAGAAAAGUUACCUCAUGGUUGAGAUGAUAGCCCCGCUUGGGCUGUCCUUGAUCUCCUGGAUGGUACGACACGGCGCCAGAACUUUUGUCAUCACAAGCAGGACCGGCCAAGUAGAUCGGGAAUGGGUCGAAAACAUCUCCAAGUUUGGGAUAUGCGUCAAAUCGAUGACGAUGAAUGUGUCUCAGAAAGAGUCUUUGUCGCUGGUCUACGACAGAAUUAGCGCCACCAUGCCGCCAAUUGGUGGAGUGGCUUACGGAGCAAUGAGUCUCUCUGCUGAGGUAUUCGAGGAUGAGGCCGUUGAUGACCUCAACAUUGCUUUUGAUAUGAAGAUCAAAGGAUCAUGCUACCUUGAUCAGCUCUUCUCUAAGCCUACCCUGGAGUUCUUCGUUCUGUUUUCAUCGUUAGGGGGUGUAAAGGGCAUCCCUGAGCAGCCUUAUCAGAACGCGGCCACACAUUUUAUGUGUGACCUAGUGCAGAAACGUCGGGCCAAGGGCUUAGCAGCAUCAAUCAUUCAGAUGGGAAUGGUUGUUGAUGUGGGAAUCUGUGCUGGUCAAACCAGACGCGAGCUCGAUCACCUGAUCUGCCAGGGUUAUCUGGCGUUGUCGGAGAGAGAUAUCCACCAUGCCUUUGCGGAGGCCGUGACCGCUUCCGACGCGAAGUCGAAAGAUGGCGCAGAGAUUAUUAUCGGUUUCUCAUCAGUCACGCGACGACGCGACGACCAGGACAUUCCGCCAUGGUGUUCGAAUCCAGUUUUCUCCCAUUUUACCUCGAGUGAGAUGAUCCAUGAAAAGCAAAAAGAACCAGUUGCCACGAAUGUCACCAUCAAAGAAAGACUCUCAGAGUCAAGAUGCGGUGCAGAAGCCCGUGACUUGAUGCUGAGUUUCUUAUCCAGGCGAUUACAGUCCGUGCUCCAACUCGACGCGGAAAGCAUGCGUACAGAUGUCCCACUCCUCGAUCUUGGCUGUGACUCCUUGGUAGCGGUUGAGAUUGGCAGCUGGCUUAAGAAAGAAAUCGGAGUCGAAAUACCAGCUAUUGAUGUGUUGUACAAUACCGCGGUUGGGGUCUGUACAGAUGUUGUUGCACUAUCCCUAGGGCAGAAGUUGCGAGACCAUGAGAACGAUCAGUCUAUGCAGACUGCCAUAAGUAUCAUGACGAGCUCCGACCAAUGCCUUAGCAGUCGAGACCGCGUCAGCUCGGCGACUUCAGAAAGCUCGACCGCCGCAUGUUCUACAUCAAAGGCAGAGCCUGACCUUGUUCUCACUCGAGACUUUACACGCGUCGAGCUCAUGUCUCCAUACCAGUCCCUGAUCUGGUUUGCAGGACAUUACAUGAAAGACCCGACGCAAUACAAUGUUGUGAUAUCCUACAAAGUUGAUGGCUCCUUUCAACUUGAAAGAUUCAAACGAGCGUUAGAGCAAACGGUUUCAAGGCACGAAUCCCUACGCACGUCAUUCUUUAAGGACCAUGUAAGUGGCGAGCUCGUGCAAGGGAUUCUAGGAAGAGCGAGGCCCUUCUUUCAUCAUGUGAAGACCUCGGAUCCGGAAAUCAUUUCCGAAGAAUUCAAGAAGGCGGCGCUUCACAACUGGUCGUUGGAGGAAGGAGAGACCUUCCGAGUCACCGUGGUGUCAGUCAAACCCGGGCGCCACACUGUGAUAUUCAGCUAUCAUCACAUUAUCAUGGCUGGGGUCAGCUGGUCCACCUUUCUCAGAGAAGUUAAAGCCUUUUACGAGAUGAGGCCGCCAACCUUCAAUGCCACAAAGUACAUCGACUACUCUGUAAUGCAGAAUCAGGCUAUUCAGAGCGGUGCAUUCUCGAAGGACAUAGAGUACUGGAAGCGGCGACUCUCACCUUUGCCGGAUGUGAUGCCUCUACUUGGGCUUGCCAAGGUGAAAUACAGAACAGCCACGGACAACUACAAGGCGCAUACGACUACGCGUACAAUCGGGCGAGAGCUUGCAGAAAGUGUUCGAAACUCGAGUCAAAGACUUCGGGGCACGGCGUUUCAUUACUACUUGGCGACGCUCCAAAUUCUUUUUGCAAAGCUGCUGAAUAUUGAGAGCAUGUGCAUCGGCAUGAGCGAUGCGAAUCGAAAACAUGAGCAGUACCUCAACACGGUUGGCUACUUUGUCAAUCUGUUGCCUCUGCAGUUCCGGAUUGUGCAGGAUGAUAGCUUUGCUAGUGUGUUCCAGCGAACGUCACGCGAUGUUCUCUCGGCGCUGUCGCACUCGUCAAUGCCCUCGAAUCUCGUCGUUGACCACCUCGACAUUCCGCGAACCUCAACGCACACGCCACUGUUUCAGGUGGCCAUCAACUAUAGAGUAGGGGAGAUUACUGAGAUGUCUGUGGAGGAUUUCAAAUUGACCUACGAACGUAGCGUCAUGGGGAACGCACCGUAUGACAUGUCCUUUCACAUCACUCCUACGGCGCUCGGAACCUGCAUCUUAGAUGUCACCUGUCGAGAUUACCUCUACAGUCCCGAGGCUGCAGGGCUGGUCCUGGACAUGUAUAUUAACCUGCUAGCUGAAUUUGCAUCCAACUCUUCCCUGUCAGUACAGCAAUGCGCCCUGUUCUCGAGCAAUAGUGAUGAAACCCAUUUGUCCGUCCGCCGGGGCACGCGGAUCCGUCAUCGAUGGCCGGAGACGUUGUCGGCACGGUUCCGCACAAUUUUACAAAGCUGCGCCGACAGGACCGCCGUCAUUGAGGAAAAAGAAAGAUACACAUACUCUUGCUUGGACACGCGUAUGGGCUUCAUAGCGAAUGCUCUCACUGAAAGAAGAAUCACCCCCGGAACAAAGGUCGCGGUUCUCUGCCAGCCAUCCCUGGAUUCGGUGGCGAGCCUGCUAGCGAUUCUUCUCACCGGCGCUGUCUAUGUACCUCUCGAUCUCAGUAGCCCAAUGUCGAGACAUAGUGCCAUUAUAGAAGCCUCGGGCACAGAUGUGAUACUCUGCUCGGCUACGACGCUUAAUUCAGCCUCCACUCUUGGUGUGGCGACUAUCAUCAAUGUGUCUGCGGCGCAGGAGCACUCGGACCCGACGACAGAUUUCAACCGUGAUGGUACGUCUCCAUCAGUCCUACUGUAUACCAGCGGCUCCACAGGCAAACCGAAAGGGGUCUUGCUCUCGCAAGUUGGCUUCAUCAAUUACCUCGCCGCAAAGGCCGAGGAACUUCACUUGGACUAUAAUGUCACCGUCUUGCAGCAGAGCUCCUUGGGAUUUGACAUGGGGCUUGCUCAGACACUUAACGCAAUCAUGAAUGGAGGGAAGCUCGUCAUCGUCCCACAGGCGGCGCGAGGAGACCCUAUCGAGGUUGCCAAGUUAAUCCGGCGGGAGAAGGUGACAUUCACGCUUGCCACGCCGUCCGAGUACAUGGUUAUUCUCCAGCACGGAUGUAAGUAUCUAGAGGACUACACCUCAUGGCGCCACGCCUGCCUCGGUGGUGAACCAUUUACAGACCAACUGAAGCGAGAGUUUGUGCAACUGGGCCACAGAUGUCCUGUUGUUCAGGAUUCCUACGGCGUAACAGAAAUCUCUGCUUGCACGACUUUCGAGACCAUGAACGUGUCUCAGCUCAAGGAAGCGCGCAGCGUCGGGAAGCCCAUCCCCAACACUUCCAUAUAUAUCCUGGGUGAUGACGAUAAUCUAGUGGGAAUUGGUGUGCCUGGCGAGAUAUGUAUCGGUGGAGCUGGAAUAGCCCUUGGGUACUUGGACGAAGAACAAACGCGGUUGAAAUUCGUCGAGGACCGGUUUGCGAGUGAAGAGGAUAUUGCUCGGGGGUGGACUCGGAUGUACCAUACUGGCGACAAAGGCCGCAUGCUUCAAGAUGGCUCACUUAUCCUUCUCGGUCGUAUGGACGGAAACACGGAGAUCAAACUCCGUGGUCUUCGAAUUGACCUGGACGACGUGGGAGCUACAUUGGUGAAUUGCUCUUCGGGCAUGAUCUCGGCUGCUGUUGUUUGCGUCAAGGGUGAUGGUGAUUCCAAAUACCUCGUGGCUUAUGUUGCGAUUGCCCCCGGCCGCACGAGUACCGACUCCGACCUUCAACGGCUUGCGACCAGUCUUCCCCUGCCACAGUACAUGUGUCCUGCGCUGGUGGUGCGCCUGGACAAUUUACCACGGACCGCGAAUGGCAAGGUCGACCGAAAGGCAAUCGAGGCUUUGCCGGCUUCGAGCGCAAAUGGACCAUCGCAGGAGAACAGGCGUUUGACCUUGGGUGAGGGCGAGCUCAAGCUCCUUUGGAGGGGAAUCUUACCCGACAAGCCUCAGAUCCAGCCCGAGUCGGACUUUUUCAUGCUCGGGGGGAAUUCUCUACUCCUGAUCAAGCUCCAAGGUGCGAUUCGCACUUCCAUCGGGGUGCAUAUCACACUUCGCGAGCUGUACGCUGCAAGUACUCUAUCCAGCAUGGCGCUUAAGGUUGCCUCACGGAAGGCUGAAACCCCAAUGGCAACGAUCAACUGGUACGAGGAGACAGCUGUCCCGGAAGCGAUACUCCAAGAGACAAGCUCGCGCUCGGAGCCGCGCCGCUCCAGAGAAUCAGCAGGCAUUGAGAUCAUUCUGACAGGGGCGACUGGAUUUCUCGGGAGGACAAUCCUACGAGCCCUGCUUCAGAAGUCCGAAGUCAACAAGAUUCACUGCCUUGCCGUGGAGAAGGGUCAGGAUGACGUGCUCCCGUCAAGUAGUAGUGUCGGGGUCUACUAUGGCAGCCUCCUCGAUCCCACCCUGGGACUGUCCACCGCCGAGUCGGACACCCUGCAAUCGUGUGUCGAUGUAAUCAUCCACGCGGGGGCGCAUGGACACUGUCUCAACACUUAUCGCUCCCUCCGAACGCCUAACCUGAGGUCCACGCACUUCCUCGCGGGGUUUGCGUGUCGAGCCCGAAUCCCCCUGCACUACGUCUCCUCCCCGCGUGUCAUCCUUCAAUCAGGCCAGACAUCUCUGGGCCCUAUCUCCGUCGCGUCCUACCCGCCGCUCGCCAGCGGCUCUGAGGGAUUUACGGCUACGAAAUGGGCGAGCGAGGCUUUCCUGGAGCACCUCGCCGACCGAACCGGAUUGUCCGUCUACAUCCACCGGCCAUGCACCCCGAUCGGUGAUAACGCACCAGACCAGGACGCCCUCAACUCCUUGCUUCAUUUCUCGGACCGCCUCAGCGCCACUCCCCGACUCACCAACAUGGGCGGGUUCCUCGACUUCCAGAAAGUCGAGAUCAUCGCCGAGAGAAUUGCCUCGGAGGUGACGUCAUCGGUAUCGGACAGCACAUCGCCUUCUUCAUCCUCCUCGUCAUCGUCUGUUCAUUUCCGCCAUCACACGGGGAAUGUCAGAAUCCCAGUCAAGAGCUUCAAGGGAUACAUGGAGAAAGUCCACGGUCGCCCGUUCGCGGAGCUGGGGCUGACAGAAUGGUCGGCGAAGGCGCUGGAGUUGGGAAUGGAGCCGUUGAUCCCGGCCUUCUUAGAUGCGGUGGCGGAGAGCUCGGAGACGAUGUAUUUCCCUUUCCUUGGGGAGGAAUCUGACGGGUAG